UCUCUCUCUUUUCUCUCUCUAUUUAAUCCCCCAAAACUCUCUUCUUCACACCAUCCACACCUCUCUGUCUCUCUCUCUCUGGACCAAGGGGCAUUCAAAGCUCCGUGCUUUACCCAGGAAGAAGAGCUCGAGCAGAAACCCAAGAGCGGCCUCUCUUCCUCUCUUCUCUCCGUCGUUUGGACCCAAGUAAUCAAGGGUCAUCGUCAUGGGAGAGAAGGACGAUCUGGGCUUGAGCUUAAGCCUGAGCUUCCCUCAGAGCCAUGUCCACCAUCAUCGACAGUCUCUGCAGCUGAACCUCAUGCCCUGUUUGGUCCCGUCCUCUGCUUCGUCUGCUCAAUCUGGGUUCAAUGUUCAGAAGCGCUCUUGCAACGACGCCUUCGCUUCUUCUUCAGAUCGGAACUCCGAGACGCGAUCUUUCCUUCGGGGGAUCGACGUGAACAGAGAGCCGUCGGCGGCGGCGGCGGACUACGGCGAGGACGAGGCCGGGGUGUCGUCGCCUAACAGCAUGGCGUCGACGGUGAGCGGGAAGCGGAGCGAGAGGGAUCACCAGAGCCAGACCAACGGCGACGACCUCGACAACGAGAGGGCGUCCUCCCGCGGCGGCGGCAGCGACGAGGAGGACGGCGACCUGUCGAGGAAGAAGCUCCGGCUGUCCAAGGACCAGUCCGCCAUUCUCGAGGAGAGCUUCAAAGACCACAACACCCUCAAUCCCAAGCAGAAGCUGGCGCUGGCGAAGCAGCUCGGGCUCCGGCCCAGACAAGUGGAGGUCUGGUUCCAGAACCGGAGAGCGAGGACGAAGCUGAAGCAGACGGAGGUGGACUGCGAGUACCUGAAGCGGUGCUGCGAGAGCCUGACGGAGGAGAACCGGCGGCUGCAGAAGGAGGUGCAGGAGCUGCGGGCGCUCAAGCUCUCCCCCCAGUUCUACAUGCACCUCUCCCCUCCCACCACCCUCACCAUGUGCCCCUCCUGCGAGCGCGUCGCCGCCCCUCCCCCCUCCUCCGCCGCCGUCGCCGCUGUCGGCCGCCCCCUCGCCGCCGUCCCGCCCCACCCCCACCCCCACCCCACCCCCACCCCCGCCCGUUGCCCCUCAUCAACCCGUGGGCCCCUGCGGCCGGCCCCCACGCCCACGUCCACGCCCCCUUCGAUGCCCUCCGCUCCUGCUCGUGAGCACGGCGGUCGGGGUCGGGGUCGUGGCCGUGGCCGUCCCUGCGGGGCAUUUUGGUCAUUUCCGGGACGUGUCGCCAUCAAAGGAGUUGGGGGAAUUGUACAAAUUUGUAGUAGUGUUUGGGUCUCGAAGGAUAUGGUUUGGUCGGAAAUGAGAUUUUGGAGGGUCUACAGAUGUUUUGUACCGUGACCCAUCUUUCUUUUCCCUAAAGUUUAGGAUUUGGGAGGAAGAACUAAAAAAAAAAAAGAAAAAUUGUAAAAUCCGAUGUUCGAUUAAUUUUACUAACCUAUGAUUGGUCAUCUGAUUUGAGAUUUGUA